AUGGGCAAGCCAACUUUCACCCUUGCGGGCCGUGAGUGGCAGAAGAUCACUUGGUGGAAAACGAAGAACAUGCGGUCCCUCUAUCUUUUCCUCUGGGCUGCUAUGUUGACUUCGGCCACCAAUGGAUACGACGGUUCCCUGAUCAACGGUCUCCAGAGCAUGUCUCAGUGGCAGGAUUAUUUCCACCACCCAAGCCCUUCCAUCAUGGGUCUGUUGACCGCUUCGAUGGCCAUGGGCUCGAUGUUAGCCAUUCCAAUUGUUCCUUACUGUGCCGACCUCCUCGGUCGACGUAUGGGAGUGGUGAUCGGUUGCUCCAUCAUGCUCGUCGGGAUUGCUCUGCUCUCCAUGGGUUUCCACAUCGCCAUGUUUAUCAUCGGCCGCCUUUUACUCGGUUUUGGAAUCGCCAUCGCUCACGGCUCGGCUCCCCUCUUGAUUGCUGAGCUCGUACACCCCCAGCACCGCGCCAUCUAUUCGACCAUUUAUAAUACCCUCUGGUACCUCGGGUCGCUGAUUGGCGCCUGGGUAUCGUUCGGAACUAACAACAUCAACGGUAAUUGGGCUUGGCGCGUGCCUUGCCUCCUGCAGGCGAUUCCUUCACUCUUCCAGAUCUUUUUCAUCUGGUUUGUUCCGGAGUCCCCUCGAUGGCUCAUUGCCAAGGGAAAGCAUGAAAAAGCCAAGUCUAUACUCACCAAAUACCAUGCUGGAGGUAAACAUGACGACGAGCUGGUCAGUGUCGAAUACCAUGAAAUCCAGCAGACGAUCUCCCUUGAACAGGAGUACGAGAAGACUUCGUGGAGUGAGCUCUGGUCUACGCCGGGAAACCGCCACCGUCUCCUCAUUCUCGUCAGCUUUGGCCUAUUUUCACAGUGGUCUGGCAAUGCCUUGGUCUCGUACUACCUCUCCGGUGUGCUUGAGACUGUUGGUAUUCACGACGACAAGACCAAGCUCGAGAUCAACGGAUAUUUGUCCAUUGUGCAGCUCGUCUCAGCUGUCGGAAUUUGCUUCUUUGUUGACAAGAUCGGUCGCCGCCCGCUAUUCCUUACGUCCUGCGUCGGGAUGUUGGUGUCCUUUAUCGUCGAGACCAUCGGAUCUGCGCAGUACGCCAAGACGGAGAGCACUGCAGCUGGCCAUGCAGUCAUUGUCUUCAUUUUCAUCUACUUCAUCUUCUACAACCUGGGCUUCUGUGGGCUACUUGUGUCAUACUCUACGGAGAUCCUGCCCUACAGGAUUCGUGCCAAGGGUCUUACUGUCAUGUUCCUGUUUGUCGACAUCGCCCUCUGGUUCAACCAAUACGUCAACCCCAUUGCGCUUUCGGCCAUCACUUGGAAAUACUAUCUUGUCUACGUCUGCUGGAUCGCCUUCGAGACGUUUGUGGUCUGGAAAUGGUUUAUCGAGACCAAGAACACACCUCUCGAGGAAAUUGCCAAGUAUUUCGACGGCGACGCGGCCAUCGUUGGCGGUGAUGCUGCUACGGCCAAGGCCCGCCACCUCGCUGGAGACGAGGAUGAAAUUAGUGAGACCAAGGGCGAGCACCCUGUUGUUUCACAAACUACUCGUGUCUGA